CCCAUUUUAUUCGUUGACAAACUAUCCCGGCCAAUUUACAGGUUUCCACGCUGUUUCCAGCGUGGUUUAUGGGCAAAGUUCGCCACCUAGUUGCUUUCUUACAUUUCUUUUUAGCCUUGUAUCGGUGAAAAGUGUUCCAUCCGUGCGAUAAAAACGUUUCGAGACGCGGUAAUGUUUGUAACGCGUUGUCACACGUUUGUGGACCAUUUACGAUAAUCGCAAGAAGAGAAGUAGGGAUUUUUUUUUUGUCAAACGAAUCUCGUUUCACGAAUUCGUUUUCACAUCGACUCUCUCAUAAUAGAUAUUAAAAACUCAGUUUUGUUAAAUCGAGUUAAGAGAUUAGGUAUCUUCCAAUCUCCUGUUUCGGAAUUUCUUUCGUCCCCAUUCAUAGCCGAAAAAUUAAACAACGGCAAGACAAUUGCAUAAUAGCCUUAUAAAUUUCGCCCCUAUUAUCGUCCAUCAUAUCUUUAAUAACCAUAAAGAAAUCGUUACGGAUCCCUUUAUCCCCAAUCUCACGAAUUACGCCCCAUCAAAUGCUACUAACCAGAUAUUUCUGGAUAACGGUGUAGCGUAUGUACCCUUCAAACAUCUCUCAAAAAUUCCAAUUCGAAAAUCAAUCGAAUCGAUGAAGAGAAAUUAUUAUACACCUCUGUUGGAGAAUGACGGAGAUGAGAGAAGAUGGAAGUCGAAUCGAGUCUCCGUUUCCCCGACACUCGAACCCCUUAAACUUGCAUCAUCCUUUUCGAGGAUCAGGCUCGAUGCAACGCCCUUACUAGAGAUCUUGCUCGAUCCGAGCAACGAGUCACGGACGCUGGCAAUAAGUUUGAUUGGGCUAACAAAUUGUCACUCUCGUCUCGAGGAGGAAGAGGCGACGUUCACCACUCCACUUCUUCGUAAUAGGCAAUUGCGGUUGGCGCACUGGAAUCGGUCGUGUCCUAAGUAAAUAAUAAAAUCGUUGCUCGCUCGAGCCAACCAGUCCAUCGUGCGACACGCGUUCAUACGGGUUCGUUCGUUCGUUCGUUGGUUCGGCUCGUCCCUCUUGGAAUCCAACCUCUUGGAAAAUUUCCCCAUGUAUUCCGUGAAAUUGCGGAUCCCAUCUCCCUCCCUCCCACCUCGAAUAUGAAAUUUCACGUUGAACGUAGCGUUUGGUGAAUAAUUCAACGGUUUGGCGAGCUCGAACGGCGAUACUCGAUGCUCGAAACGGACGCAAGAAUUACGUUAGGAUAUUAUAGGAUCUCGAAACGCGUUAUUCGUUUUAUCGUGGCAUUGAUUUCUUCCCUUUCUUUCCUUUUCUUCUCCUCUUUCAACCACUAUUAUUGGCACCUUCGAUUCUCCAGCGUUUGUAAGUUAUCGGUGUUUUUUUAACGACGUCGUAAGGAGACGGAUAUAUUAACCUCGAUGAGAAACGGAGAAGUGUGGGAUACGAAGGUGAUUUAUAUCUUUAUAUCGGAGGAGAGCGUAGUUGGAGAUGUUAAAAAUUUUUAUCCUUUUAAUCGUUUAUGGAAAAAAAUGUUGAUCGUGUUUCCGUUGAAAGAAAGACUGCUUCGGGGGAAGAAUAAUUAAAUCGUCCUUAUAUCAUACGUGAAUACAUAUACUCGUCGAUUUUUCAGCUUUAUCGAACCAAAGAGGUAGCUGAAGGGAUAUAUCCGAAGGAGAAUCGAAUCUGACUGAAAGUCUUCCUUUGCCAAAGAAAUACGAAUAUAUAAUAUAUAAAUUUAUACAAACGAUCGAGGAAAUAUAUUUUAUCGUUCCUUCCUCUUCUUUUUCUCGGAAUAAUCCGCCAAAGUUGAACGACUACGGGGAAAAACUACAGAGUAGUUUGCGCGAGUGAAACGUGAUUUCGUGAUUAGAUUGGAUAAAAUUUGAAGGAAAGAGAAAGAAAAGGUUGGAGACAAGGGACCGUGAGUGGCAAAAGGUAUCGAUUGGCGAAACGUCGAAAGAUCCUCCAGAUGAAAUUUCGCAAAUUGUCCACGUCCAGUCCGAAAAUGGAAUUGCUCUCGAGGCGGUCGUCGAGCGACCGGAUGUCGACCUUGAAACGGUCGAGGUCCUUUCGAGCAUCGAUGAAGCUGAUGUCGAAGCUGCGUAGCCGAGCGAGCAUGCGUUUAAACGGUGGUUUCGAUCUGUCUCCGUCCAAUUUGCAACAUUCGAAAAGGAAACGGGACAAAUUGAGCCUGGUGGAGGAGGGGGUCGUCUCGCCCCCCAUCACCAACAACAACAACAACAACACUGUCGAUUCUUCCAUCGAAAAUCCUCCUUCGAGGACCGAUAACGAGACUCCUCCUGUUCCUCGGGACGACCGCCUCUCCUCGACCCUCGAGUUCGAGUCGCGAAAGAUCGCCAAGGAGUUGAGCAAAUUGUGCCUUGCAGACCUGAUAACGGAGAAAAAUCGCAAGUGUCGAGGGAGCAGAAAGAUGAGCGACGAGAUCUCGCCUAAAGUGACGACGCGCCAUAUGUUUCGUUGGAGGAGGAGCAACGGGGAGGAGGGGGAGGAGGAGGAGGAGGAGGAGAGCGAGGAGAAAAAGCGCGCCCCUUUUCCAUGGACCACCGCCGGUGGCCACGUGUCCUACGAGAACCCGACUUUUCGCCUGGACGCCUCCCUCGACUCGUCCAUGUCCGCCUUCUUCUUCGAAUCCGAGAACUCGGGUCGCGUUGCGAACGAGGGCGACGAGUGCAAGGACGAUAGAGGAUACGCGGAGGAGCGUUGGCCGGGCGGCACCGCGUCGACGAAUUCGAAGAACGACACGAGGAAGGGGCGAGAAUCGGAGGUGGGGCUCGAGGACGAUUGCCGGCGAGCGAGCGAAUUCGAGCGGGGCUUGUUGACCGGCGCGAAGGCGAGAAGUUUGUCGGUGAACGACGUGGUGCUGCGGGACGAGGAGGUGGCGAGCAGCUUGGUGUUGAACAAGUUGGGGUGUCUCGACGACGGGGAGGCGUCGAAGGGGCGCAAGUCGUCCGAGAAAAUUAGGAAAACUUCGGUUUGCUCGUCCAAGUCGUGCAGGAUCAGGACGGUGGACAAUAUCGCCAACUUUUGGACGAACGCACGGGGCGGCAGCUUUCGUAGCAAGGUCUCGGUCGGGAGGAAGAAGUCGAUCAAAGAAUCGAGGGAUUCGCACGAUUCCCUGGGUCAGGAUAGGGUACUCGUUACGACCACCUCUGGAUCAACUCUUUUCGCCGCAGUGGAGCAUGGGCACCUGGACAAAGCCAGAACGAUUUUAGAGUCGACGGACGUAGACGUGAACAGCGUGAACAGCGACGGUCUGUCACCCCUGGAUGUUGCGGUGCUCAGCAACAAUAGGCCGCUUGCAAAAAUGCUGGUCGCGUUCGGUGCACAGGAGGGUAACCAGUUCAAAUCUCCGGAGUCCCUGGGCAGUCAUUUGGCUUCGUUGCUGCUGGAGGCGGAACACAGAGUUCAAGAACUCGGCGGGAGUACUUCCGGUAGCGGCGGCACUACCCUCCUCGAACCACCGACCAGUCAUAGAUCGAGCUUUUCGUCGCAGCACAACAAUCUCACGGGAUGCGGUGGUAGCGCCGAGGACAAGCAACUCGCCUUGUGGGAGAGAAGAGCUAGAGCGCUUAGAAAAAUGUUGCUCGGAUUCGAUCAAGCUAGACCGCCAGACAUGCCCUUCCUGGUGGCUGUGGACGUGACAGGAACAAAUUCGGUAACCGUGAGAUUCCAGGAGCCAGAUUCCCACGAUUCUCCUAUCUGCACGAAAUUCAAGGUCCAGUGGAGCAUCAAAGAGGACUUCUCGGUGAUCUGCGGGGAGAGGGAGGUUCUGGAUAUGAAGCAGAGGGAAUGCAGGAUCGACGAUCUGAUUCAAGGGCAGAAGUAUUACUUUCGAGCGGCUGCUGGCAAUUUAAAGGGCUACAGCAGGUUCAGGAAUUCGACUCCUGCCCACGUAACGCCCAGUAGUUGGAGGGACAUAGAUGGCAGAGUGCCAAGGUUUGCUGGCCGAUUGGAACAGUUGAAUACUUUGUUCACGGACAUAAGACGGCCAGAGUACACCCAAGAGACGCCGGCCGUGCAGAGGCGUAAUCACAAGAAGAAAACAACGAUAAAGCAGCUGUUCACGGCGACGAGCAAGUUCCAGAAGAACUUGAGGCGCGGUGUCUUCCUCGCUUGCUUGCUCUACCACGAGGAUAAAGUGUUGGUGACAAACGAGGAUUUCUUGCCUGUGAUCGAAGUCGACGAGACUUAUCCUAGCUGUAUUUACAACGAUUUCCAUUGGCUUAUGAAAGUUGGUUGCACGUGGGACGAUGUUAAGAUUCUUCGUCAAGACAUGGAGAAAAGUCACAGCAGCUCGACCAAUCACUUCAGGAUAAAACUUUUACAGGCUGCUGCGCAAAUGCAGGCAGCACUAUGUAUACAGGAUCUUGGCCAAUUGUAUCAUAAACCUAUUAGAGAUGUUCAAGGGACUUUGGUCUUCUCCACGGUGAACUACGUAAAAUCGCCAAAAUUGAUAUCGGUGUUGAACAGCAGAUGGUUGCCACUCAGCAAAGUCACGAAGAAAGUCAUUAUUCACGAAGACAGUAACGUAGCGGAUAUUUUAAUAGCCAGUAUACAGGAGCAGAUGACUUACCAUCAAGUUAGCAGUAUCAAAUUAUCGAAGGGACUUUAUCUCGGUUAUUUGAAGAUGCAGAGUAGCGUCGAUCUUAUUCAAGUCGUGGUACCCGCGAAAUCGCCUAACGUUUUGCCUCAUUGCAAGAUCCGCGACAAUCCACACGUUUCUGCCGAAGAAUGGGAUUAUUUGAAAAGGAUAACUCGCAUUCACGCAUCAGACGCAUCGGUUAAAGAUUGCGAAGAAAAAGAAAACGUAACGAACGAGUGCCAAGGUACGGAACAGCAAAAGUUGUUUGUCGAUCUGGUCGCUGCUACGGCAAGACGUUUGUUCAAUUACAUGGAAAUUAGCCCCGAAGAUUCCUUGCUCCAUCGGCUCUACGACGCUGAAGUUAUCGAUCUGACUCACGAUGUAUCCUUUCUGAUCGCUGUGCCUCCUGCAGAGACCGCUUGUUGCGUGCCUGGAACCAGAGAAAUCCUUCUACAACGUGGCGAUCUUCUGUCCUUGCCUAUUCAAGUAUUUGAAAUGGUCCAUUUAAAUACUUAUCAGAAGGAUGUGAUCAACAGAUACUCAAGAUUAAGUUGCAUUCUGGAACUCGACACGGCGCAAGCGCAAUACAACCACAGAGAAGCUUUUAGCUCUCUGGAGUUAAGCGUGGCGAAGGAUAAAUUGGCCAGGCUGCAGGAUCUUCAGACUCAAGUGAACACCGUGUGGAAAGGAGCUAGGUGGCUCAUAGAUGUGAUCACGUUCGCCAGAGAUCGAGGCUUUUCGCAGCAGAGCGGCUCGUCACAAGUUGGGAUUUCGAUGAAGCAUUUGCUGAGCCUCGACAGAAACAAAAGCAACAAUAACAGCAACAGUCUGAAGAGGAGUUUGCUUCAAUUACCGCCACGCGAUCCGAAGUUGGUUAAAUCUAGUCCAGGUCGAGGCAGUUGGCCAGGGCCUAACAUGUCCAAUUCUUCCUCGAAUCUACUCACCACCGAAUUCAGUAAAAGCGAGCAACAAUUACCCAGUGGGCAGUACAUUCGAAAAGGCAGCAACACUUCCAACGUAUCCACCGGCUCGGAACCCCCAAAGUCCUCCCUACCCAUGAGUAGCGCCAGCAAUCUUAGCAACGCAACCAGCGCUGGCAGCAACAACCAUCUGGUACCGUUGCAGAACACCAGGUUACCGCCUUCCAAAUCCGAGGACACUUUGAUCCUAACGAAAUACAAACACAGUCCUAGAAACAGGUCGGCUACGAUCACAUCCGCCUCGGCCAGCACCAGUCCUUUACUCAGCAUAAAGCCCAUCAUCUACGGUGGCUCGCUCUUAAGCGUGUCAACAGCGAUGACAAAUACGACGAGUCUGUUGAGCGUCAGCAACAACACCAAUUCCGAUAGUUUGCACUCGCUCAGUAGCGAUGAAUAUUCCACGCCUAACUCGAGUGUCUGCAUCAAGAGCGGACACGCGAAGAGCAAAUCGACCAAACCGACCGCUAGUGUCGCGGCCACGGCGACUGGUUCGUUGGAGAGUCAAUUGGAGGAGGAAAAGGACGAAGCGACGAUGAUGCCGGCUCCUCUGCCGGGCAUUCUUCAGGUUUACGCGGCCUACGAAACCGGUCUGGCUUCCGGAACCAGCCUCAAAUUACACGUUACCCCGAGGACCACAGCCAGGGAAGUUGUGAAUCUAGUUGUGAAGCAGUUGAACAUGGCGGUAGUUUUGAAAGGCCAAGAAGGCCCCGUUUACACGGCUGACGAGCUGCCAAAUUUUUGUUUGGUGGCUGUGAUUGGUGCUAGAGAGCGUUGCCUGAGGGAUGAUUUCAAACUGCUGCAACUUCAGAACCCCUGGAAAAAGGGUAGAUUGUACGUGAGGCAGAAACAAGACGUCCUUGCAGCCCUUGAGCACAGCAGCAAGCAUACCGCGUAUUUAUAGCAUAAGUAACGAAGAGAAGGAAAGAAACGAAAUGUGAUUGCGCGGUUGACGAUAUCCAUUAAUGUAAGGAACGCUGCGUUUCAUUAAUAAUUGGCGAUCAAAAGCCAAAGAUCACUCUUAGUAUGAUGCAUUCUGUGCCUCGUAAGAUUUAAGAUUAGGUUAGGUAAAGUUUUUUUUUUUCUUUCUUUCUUUUACAUUUCUUUCCUCUUUUUCGUUCAUUUUUAAUACAGGAUAAAGAAUACAGAUCUCCCCCGAUCGGUCAACGAGACACAGGAUACAUCGAGAUGUACAUAAAAACAAACGCUUGGCUACGAGAAAAAGUUUUCAGUUGUAUCUUUCGAGGCUCUAAAUAAAUUACACGUAAUUAGGUAGGGAAAUGAGAGGGAGGAAAGACGAUCGUCUUAAAAGGGCGAGAAUUAAAAAUUGCGCGAAUCCAGAGUACAUUCCAACCAAGUUUCGAUCCGACGUAAUGUAAUUUCACGCUGAUGGAUUAGAAUAGCGUUGCAAGAAAAUGGAUAAUACUCAAGGUAUAUCGUAUUGUUAUAUUUUAGAUAUCGAUCUCAGUGUUUUGCUCGAUAUAUUAUCGUUUUGCACGCGUCUCCUAUUAUAAAUUCGUCAGAUGCUUAAGAGAUCUCAUUGUUAUCCUAACAAUUCGACGUGUCCGGGUGAUGCGCAACAUUCGUUCUUUCUUAUUUUUAUCGACAAAUUAUCUUUCGCAAAAUUGCUACGUUCCGAUAAAAUAUCUUGGACACGUCGAAUGAAACUGAGAGAGAGAGAGAGAGAGAGAAAGAGAGAGAGAGAGAGAGAGAGAGAGCACAAACUUACGAAGAACAGAAAUGACUUUAUAUUUUAUAUUUUUAAAAAUCUAUCCAAUCAUGUCCGAGAAUUUAUUUCAACGAGUAAAUUCUACCUGUCUAAGCCUUUGAUUCGAGAGAUACGAUUCCUUCUCAUCGAUCCUUUCUUUCGCGUUCUAUCUUCAUUAUUUCGAUCCAUGAAAAGAUUUUCCUUCGUUUAUUUUCUUCUUUUCUUGGUUUGCAAACAAUGGGAACAAUGAAGGCGUCCCGAAUAUUAUAAUUGAAAGUCGCUAAAAUUUAUUAUUAAUAUGGCGAUGACUGGGACAGGACUUACAAUUAAUUAUUAUAAUAUUAAAACAUAGACGAAACGUGAUUCGUAUAAAAGAGGCUUAUAGACUGUUGCGUAGAAAUAAAAGAAAAAGUAUUAUUACGAUUACUAAGAUUUUUAUUCCCGCCGAGAUUGCGAACAGCAUUGUUAAACGAAUGUAUUUCUUAUUCUUUAUUCUUGAAUUCACGUAUUCUACUACUACAUUGAUUAUUUGUUUCGCGUUCUUCGCGCAACAUGUGAUGUUUCCUGUCUUGUUUGUACAAUUUUCCUUCCUUUCUUUCGUCGAACGAGCAUUGUACGCGUAUUUCUUUAUUAUUAUUAUUAUUAUUAUUAUUAUUUACUUCUUCGUCAGAGAGGAAAAGCGCAACGAGAUCGAUCUUGUCGACGAUCUUGUUAAAACUCCAGGCAACUCGUGGACUUCCUAUUAAGCGACCUAGACGACGCGUUGGUGAUACGAAUAUGAUGCAGAGCAGAUUGUAAAAUAUACCCUAAUCGCAUGAUAUCACUGUUCGAUAUUUGGCGUAGCAUAAAAUAUUUCAAGUUUCCUAGGGCAAAGAUGAUAUACAAAGAUUUUUCAUUUAUACGAGUAAUCGAAGAUCGACGUAUAGAGCAAAUGUGCAAGAUUCGUUAGGAAUUGUCUUUUUGUUGUAUAUUCGAGGAUAGAUGUAAGAAGAGUUGUUUGCAUCGCUAUUGGAUCCGUCCUUUAUCUCUAAAUAAACGAAACAUCAAAAUUGGAUUCCCUUCGCUUGAACACGAUUGAACAAUGGUAUCAUGGAUCGAGGGGCCAUCUAAGUUUAAACGAGAAUAUACAAUGCAGAUAUUUUUUUAUCGAGAAAACAAAAAAAAAGAGAGGUAGGAAGGGAGGAGGAAACGAAAAAGAUUUAUACUUAUAUUUUGCCAGAGCGCGUACUCGUUAGAGAUUUAAUCGAGGAACCGCGAUUCGCACGAGAAAUACGAGAAAUCUGUCUGCGUGUCGAGCAGAAAUAUAACUAAGCAGAGAUGAAGAUGUGUGCAAUGAGUGGCAAAAAUAGAGGAAGAAUGCUGAGAAAGAUCUUAAUAGAACGCUAGAAAAAUUUAUUAGCUCUACCUGAGUGUUUAUCGAUGUUGAGUGUAAAAUAAUCAUUAGCAGUUAAGUGUUAUCGUGGGAGGAAAACGAAUUUCGAGACUUGAGAAGCCCUGAUUUUCCUCUCAGACCGGGAGUUCCAAAAAAAAAGAAACGAGAAGAAUGAACGAACUACUUGUAAAUAUUCAAAGAAAUCUAUGUAUGUAUAAAAUAUAAAUGAAAAUUAUCGAAGAAA